UGCAUUUGUGAAGAGAAGGUGUUCAAAAACCUUUUUUUUUUUUUAACCGAAACGACAGUUUACUUUGAACUUCUUAUUGAAGAACUGACAAUUAACGUGACACCUGCAAAAAUAAAAGUAAACAGAGACAUCAGCAAGAUCUUAAAGCGAGGACUCCUCCACAACCAUGGACCACUUCAGCUCCAGGGACACGGCCUUGAAGGUCCAAAAGAAGAUCCUGAGCAGCAUGGCGACCAAGGCCUCCGUCCAAAUGUUCAUCGACGACACCACCAGCGAGAUUCUGGACGAGCUCUACCGCGUCUCCAAAGGAUACUCGGGCAACAAGACCGAGGCCCACAAGGUGGUCAAGGACCUAAUCAAGAUCGCCGUCAAGAUCGGCCUUCUGUUUCGCAACAACCGCUUCAGCACCGAGGAGCUGAUUUUGGCCCAGGACUUCAAAAAGAAGCUGCACCAGGGCGCGAUGACUGCCAUCAGUUUCUACGAGGUGGACUUCACCUUCGACAAGACAGUCAUGUCGGAGCUCCUGACGGGAUGCAGGGACCUCCUGCUGCGGCUGGUCAACAGCCACCUGACGCCAAAAUCCCACGGGCGCAUCAACCACGUGUUCAACCAUUACGCCGACCCCCAGCUGCUCACCCGGCUCUACCAGCCUGACGGGCCCUUCCGGGACAACCUGGAGCACAUCUGCAAGGGACUCAACAAGCUGCUGGAGGACGGGACAAUAUGACGGUGCCCCCACUGCCGAGCCCCAUUCCCUUGGGACCACACUGACACUCCACACUCGACACUGUCCUGCUGCUAAGAGAGCAAAUGUUAAGGAGGGAGGCCCCGCCAAACGCUCGACUUGGGAACAAAACUGCCGCAGAUAGAUUUUUUUUUCCCUUUUGUUGUGAGGCGCUGUCAUGACAACAGGUCAAAUCCGAACUAAAGGGAUUUACAGUAUUUUAAAAUCAUGAAUACGCUGAUGUUUGAUGGAAAGAGGAAGAGGGGAGUCUGCUGAUACAAUGCUGCCCUCUGGUGGCCAGGACGUUGUGGAAGCAUCCAGAAAUCAGAAAAAAUAAAACAGCCAAUUAUAAAAAUGACGACGAUGAUCAUAAUAAAAUAAGGCCUGACUGUGGUGUCAA